AUGGUCUAUGUGGCACAGAAUGCUAAAGAUGUGGCCAUGUCUUACUAUUAUCUCUAUCAGAUGACAAAAAUGCACCCAGAGCUUGGGACUUGGGAGGAGUUUCUGGGUAAAUUCAUGACUGGGAAGGUGGCUUUUCGUUCUUGGUAUGACCUUAAGGGCUGGUGGGAGAGAAGAAAAGAUUAUCAUGUCCUUUACUUAUUCUAUGAAGACAUGAAAGAGGAUCCAAAGUGUGAAACUCAGAAAUUAUUAAAAUUUGUAAGUAAAGACCUGCCAGAAGAAACUGUGGAUAAAAAAAAAAUCCUCUAUCAUAGCUCCUUUGAUAUGAUGAAGUAGAAUUCUAGUGCAAAUUAUACCACUGUACCAAAAUUUAGUAUGGAUCAUUCUGUACCUCCCUUCAUGAGAAAGGGUACUUCAGGAGAUUGGAAAAAUCACUUCCCUGUAGCCCAGUAUGAAAGAUUUGAAGAAGAUUAUAAAAAGAAAAUGAAAGGGUCUACAUUGCAGUUUCAUUCAGAGAUCUAA